UACCAUCCCAUUACAGAGCAAAAAUCUUCACCUAUGCACUCAGAUUGCCUUUGCCAAAAACCUUAACCAAAUGUGUUUCAACAGAAGAGAGAAGAAAGGGAAGAAGAGAGCAGGGCUACGGGUAGGAGAUUCUUGCGCAGGAACUCCGUCAUCCUAAGUACGGGGAUCGGCUCUCAAAUUGCCUUGUAAUUUCAGUGUACAAUUAUUGAAUGAAAUGUUAAUUUUAUCCUAGAUCUAGGGUUUGUUUACGUUGAAUGCACUUGGAGUUGGUUGAUUUUUGAGUAAUACGCAUUGUGGUUGUCUUUGGUUGUGAAUCUGUGAUUUGCUAGUGAAAAUACUAAUAAGGCCUGUGGAGGACCAACUCAACCUUAGGAUAUACAAUCUGGAAGGUUACUUUUGUACUGGACUCAAGGUGGAUCUAGGUACUUACUAAAGUUGGAAAAACUUUAGUUUGAAAGUAAGCAAAACAAACUAAAGAAGAUGGUGUUCUUAGAUGCUGAAAGCAUCAAGAAGCUAUGGGAUACAUGGAAUAUUAGAGGACUGAUUAUUCUAAGUCUCUUGGUGCAGUCUUUUUUAGUUCUGUUUGCGUCCAUGAGGAAAAAAAGAGGGGGGAAAUGGGUUGCCAUGAUAUGGGUGGCAUACUUGCUUGCAGACUGGGUUGCUACAUUUACUAUUGGACUCAUCUUACGUACUGGAAGUAGUGACAUCCUGGUUUUAUGGGCACCCUUUCUUUUGUUGCAUCUUGGUGGCCCUGACAGCAUCACCUCCUACUCUCUGGAGGAUAAUGAGUUAUGGCUUAGACACUUGCUUGGGCUUUUGUUACAGGUUGGAUCAACUAUAUAUUUUAUCCUUCAGUCUUUCUCACAAAACAAGCUUUGGCUCUCAACCCUCCUAGUGUUAUUAUCAGGCAUAAUCAAAUAUGCAGAGCGGAACUAUGCUUUUUUUCUUGCAAGCUUUGAGCGUUUUGGAAGUAGUUGGGUGCCUAGAGAUUGGGCAGCCGGACUCCCCAUUCCAGUGCAAUUCCAAAACUUGGGAACUGCAGAUCAUCUACCACGAAUAUUACCAGUAGAUAUUGACAUUCAUAUGGACAGCUUUCUUGUAGAUUCUGAUCCUAAGUCGAUAUUACAAGCAGCAGUUUACUUGUUUGGAUCUAUCAAGAAUCUACUUCUUGGCCCAGUUCAAUCUAGACAACAAACUGCUAAGAGUUUUGCAAACUUUCUAAGCAGAAAUACAGAUCGUGCUGCAGAAAAUGCACUCCGAAAGUUGGAGAUUGAGCUGAGCCUCUUGUAUGAGGUACUCCACACCAAGUUGCCUGUGGUUGUUUCCAAGAUUGGAUGUGUAUGUCGCAUCUUGAACUUGGUUUGCAUCUUGGGAGCCUUGCUGUCAUUCUCAUUAGUUAAGAAGCACUACAAGCUGGAGGAGUUUGAUACGUGGCUAACCUUUGGAUUGUUGAUUGGGGCCUUGGCAUUGGAUUUCAUAUCUGUCAUAUUACUUGUUUUCUCUGAUUGGUUUGCUGUUGCUCACUUCCAUAUUAUGGAAUCCGGAUCCCUCCCCAAAUUCAUUACUAGAUUUAUCAACAUCAACAAAUUUAUCAACCGGCACAGAUGGUCUAAUGAAGUUCUGCAGUUGAAUUUUAUUACUUAUCUUGUGAAGGAUAAUCCACAUUGGUUGAAAAAAAUGGCAGAAUUUCUUCUCCUGAAGAGUUUGUUAGAAGCCAUAAAAGGAAUCCGAUGUCAGUCCUCCCAAAAUUUUAAAGAAGACCCACAUUGGCGCUUCAUUUUUGAGGAAGUGAUAAAUUUUUGCAAGACAGUACCACGAAUCAAGGAAGUUUGGUUUGAAAGAAGCUUCAAAAUUCUUGAAGAGUUUUCAAUUUUGGGCCCUGUUGAAAGGAUCAUCAAGGAGUCUGAUUACACACAAAUCCUUCUAACAUGGCAUAUAGCCACAGAAUUAUCCUUCCGAGGAGAAGAUGAACAAUGCUCUUCAACAGGAAGUAAUGAUCAUAGAGCAAUAUGCAAGCUACUUUCAGAUUAUAUGUUCAACCUUCUAAUGAUGAAGCCUGCUAUGAUGGCAAGUGUGCUGAACGACUGGAAAAAAGUAUUCGAUGACACAUAUGCAGAAACCGAGUCAUUUCUAAGCCGGAGUUCAGUCUUAAAUGAAAAGGAUGCCAGCAGAAAAAUCCUUUCAACUGACUUUGACGAGUUGGCCAAAAAAGUUGAGUUUGGGGGUGACUUUGAUGCUGACUAUCAGUUGACUAGUAGAGAUGAUGGAAAAAGAUCUGUGUUAUUUGCAGCUCGAGAGCUCGCUACCCAUCUCAAGCGAACAGAUGGUUAUCCCUGGGAGAGAAUAAACUGGGUUUGGGUGGAACUAAUCUGUUACGCUGCGGCUAAUUGUAAGCCAAAUGUGCAUGCACAACAACCAAGUAAGGGUGGAGAACUGCUCACCUUCAUCUGGCUGUGUAUUCGAUUCGUCGGUGGCGGUAAGUACUAUUAUUUCAUAUAAAGUGUUUUGUUUAUUUGUCAUUUUUCUUAAAAUAGUCUUUAUUAUAGAUCAAAUCUGUAGUUUAGAUGCAUGCUGUUAUUUUUUUAUGAUUUUAUCCAAUUCUGUUCAACACUUCUAAUUAAAAAAUUAAUUAUAU